UUGCGUCACGUCACAGGUAGUGGGAAUCCGUGCUCCACGGAUUCCACGUCUACCCGUGACCACCCUUACCUGACACGUCACCCGACCCACACACUCCAGCUAUCACCCGUCGAGAGAGGAGCUCUCCAUUGCACGUUACCAAGCAUCACCCCAUAGUCCCUGUCAUCAGAUAAAAAUGCGAUGGAAGAUUGCAUUGGCGAUAUUACCAUUGACGGGAUUGCUAUACGUCAUCUGUACCUAUAAUAACAUUUUGAAAGGUAGUCAGUAUGGACAACACAUGGCACGUAAUUCCACAACAACGGUGAUAGCUGAUCCUACGGGGAAACAGCCGAAGAAUAUACCAAUCAUACCGGUCCAAUUAAGUGAUUGGCAAGACACACGCCCAACCUACAAAUUCAAUGAGACAGUUACCAAGACAGACUGGUGGAAAGCGGCGUCUUUUCUGGAACUGGAAUACAAGAAGAGACCCGUAGAUUACUCCUGCAAGAACAUAAGCAGCCGAAGUAAUUAUAAAGUCUGCUAUGACGGGAAAUAUAAACCCGGUAAACCGUGUUUGGUAUAUUCCUUUGGGAUUGCACAUGACUUUACUUUUGACGACGAAAUGGCAACCAAAGAUGGCUGUGAAGUGCACUCGUUCGACCCAAGGUAAGUCAGUA